AUGAAGUGCAUUUUCAGUGAUGAUGCCGACUUUGCUGUGCAAUCCCCAUCCUUGGAGCCCUUGUUACCGCCAGAGGUGAGCACGCCUGAUCGGCUGGUCGAGUGCUUGGAGCAUGUGACCGACUUGAAGUCAUUCUUUCAAACCACGAUUUCUAAUGUUGCUGACUGCGAUAUUAAUGAGACCCUUGGAAGUUUGCUUCACAUUGCAAUCAAUAAGUUGUGUGUCGUCGUGGAACGGUGCACAGGACAGCCGCCCGACCCUGAGGACAUUGAGGCCAGGACGGGGCUCCGCAGCCCCUACACGUUGAUCAAGAGGGCCAAUUCCCUCCUCGCCUAUCUUCGUUGGGUCGAUGGUCAGCCCCUUGCAAAUCUGUCCUUCUCGGGUGUGUUCCAAGAGACUCUUGUUUGGGAACAUUUUCAGUACUUGAAGAAAGAAAACAAGCCUCCGACCAGCGGUUCGACGUUGCUUUCUGCCAUGCGGUUCUUGCACUACGUCCUUGAGGUGGAUGUGCAGGUUCGCAAAUUGCAUGAACUUCUCGAAGGCAGUGACGACCCCUUGUUGCGUUGCUUCGCUGCAUAUGCCUUGAUCGCCGUCUAUGGACGAUGUCGGCACUCUGACCUGCAGUGCAUCUGGGACCUGGAGUGCGAUUUCGAUGGUGUUUCGGGCUUUCUGCAGAUUCGAACAGGUCGUCACAAGACCUCGACCACCGCCAAGAAGAAAGCGCAGUUUUUGCAUAUCUUGGUCCCUGCACAGGGAGUGGUCUCUCGUCCCUGGCUGCCUCUUGCAAUCCAGGCGUUUGAAGCUGUUAACCUGUGUUUAAUUGGCAAGAUUGACGGGCCCAUUUUCCGCCCACCCCUUGAUGCUGAGUGCUCUGCCCUCUGUGCUCGCCCCGUGUCCUCGCAAGAAGUGUCCAGGAUGCUUCGUCAAGCCCUCGAUUUGCCUGAGGACUCCGGCGUGUCCUCCCAUUCCCUCAAGGUCACUGGCCUGUCCUGGGCAUCCAAGGCUGGCGCGCGCGCUGGCAUGGACCGUGAUACUUGUGCUGUCUUGGGUCGGCAUGCUCGCAAUCAACUCACGACUGAGGUUGUGUACAGCCGUGACCUCAGCGCGGCCCCGUCGUUGGCCUUUUCUCGCUUGUUGCAUCAGGUGGCUCUUGGGGUGUUCAUGCCAGAUGCUCCUUUGCGCGCUUUCUGGAGCGAGUCCUGUGAAGCCUCUCCUGGCCUAGCACCAAUUUUGCCUGUGGUGCGACCCUCCGGAGCCAUCAAAGUUGAAGAUUCCGCCUCCGAAGCCGCGGAGUCUGCGCAUGAGAGCAGCGAGGAUUCCUCCGCUUCUGAGGCCUCCCGAAGCAGCAGCUCGGACAGUGGGACCCCUUCCUCAAGCCCUCCCCUCAGCAAAAAGGCCCGCCGCUUUCUGCCUGAGACACGGGAUGAGUCCGACGUCUGGGUGAUCCACCGUCGUUCCCGCAAGUUGCACUUGGUCCGCGGCCAAAGAAAUCUUGAUGCGUGCCUUCAAGUUCUUGCAUGCGGACGUGUGCGCUCCGAUGCGUACAGAGUUGCCGAGGAUGCUGACCUGGAUGCGGUCGAGUGUCAAGGUUGCCGGCGAUGCAUUUGA